AGAGCCUGUUUGGUGACUCUAUUUUUUGCUUUUCCAGCUUUUUAUCAUUUUUUCACGAAACACGUAACUUAUGAUUUCGUGUACUGGAUUGUGUAAUACUCCCCCGUCCCUUAUAACUUUGUCAUUUUCCUUUUUUGGAUGUCCCAAAAACUUUGCCACUUUCCCUUUUAAUCAAUCAAAUUGUGUUUCAUGUUAUUUCUCUCUCCUCUGCACAUAUCUCAACCACACAGUUUUUACUUUAUUAUUUCUCGUGCCGCUCAAACAUGACAAAGUAUUGAGGGAAGGGAGUACUCGGUAAUGAUUUCGUUCCAUGGGACAAUGCAUUCUACACAUUGAAGAUUGAUUUAAUUUAUUGACAGAUCUGUCGAUGCUCGCUGCAGGUGGUGUGGAUGCGAUUUCGGAUCAGGGCUGAAGGUUUCUCGCUCAAGAACCCAAACAGAAGGGCUCUUUCAGAACAAGGCUAAAAAGGUGGAUUGAAUUUCCGGCAUGGGGGCCGAAGCUGACCCAGAUUCGUUUACAUGUGAGAGAGCUUCGUCCUCAGCAACAUGUACAGUUAAAACAUGACUCUCUUGACCGAUCCACAGAUGAGUGCGCCUUCUUCCUUCUCAACAAGGAUGCAACUGAGUUCCUUUAGAUCUAGAUGUAUCAAAAGAAAUCUCUAUUAAAAUUGAAAGUAAAGUUUUUAGUUUCAAUUUGGCACAUCUGAAUAUGAAUAUCUGUCAAAUUAAGGGCAACUUUUCUCGGUCUAUCUCAUUGGAUGAGCAAGGUGUUACUUGGUUGUGUGAUUCUUUCAGUUCGAUACAAUCCGGAGCUUCACAGGUUUUUACAAGGUAUGAGCAAGAUCGUGAAAUACUUCUUGCAUUUGAAGCAAAUAAAUUUGGGGGUUUUAUGCGUUUAGUUGAUUCUAGAAAUUUGAGGAGUUCAACUAUAAUUGAAGGAUGGAGAAGUGAAGGGUUUAAAAGUUUCUUUUCAACUUUGUUGAGCCAACGUGAUAGGUUGACAGUUUUCGAGAAGCUGCCACAAGUGGAUUUUGGGGUUGUUUGCUCGGACAGAGUGUCAGAUUUUGGGGUUAUUUUUUUGGUCAAAGAGUCAUCUUCUAAAGAAGGAGGGUCUAUAUCCUCUUUAAUUUUUAAAGAAGAUUUGCAUUAUGUUGGGCUUAUUUAUGAUCCGGAUAACAUUUCAAGCAAUGCUUUUGUGAUUCGGGAUACUUCACAGAGGACAUGACAUUAUCUUUUGAAACCAAGGAGAUAGACGUGACAAAUAUGCUUGAAACUACUCCUCUCCAAAUCACAUUUUCACCCCAGAAAACUGAACCUCUAUUAGCAGAUGGAUUGGUUUCUCCUCGGACUGAAGUUUUGGAAUCUAAUAUUUCGGGUGGAAAAUAUUUUGAAGUUACGCAUGUUCAAAGGAUACUCUCUGAUCGUGAGCUAAUAGACCACGUUGCUAACACUAAAUGGGACUCUUCCCGUUCUAGAUUGCUACCUCAAAGGAGUACUCGUCUCAAGGCUAAAAAAUUGGUUGACACAUAGGGUCGCUUCUAUCUUUACAGAAUUAGCUUAUGGAUAUUUUGGGGAGUUCAAAUCUCUUUCGGGCAACUCAAUACAAUUCAACAUGGAGCUUCUCUUUUACUCUAGGGCUUUGAAUGGUGGUGGAUUUGCAUGGUCUUUUUGGAUAGUUCGUUUUAAUUUUUUCUCAUUAGCGAUUUUGUUUCACUAGUUUUUUCCCCAUCAUUUGUACUCUUCGUAAUAAAAUUUCAAUAAAUUUCUGCUUAAAAAAAAUAUAAACAUUGUACUAAAUUAUAAUAUUCGUGCGAUGCACGGGACAAUUCAUUCUCCAUAUUGAAGAGUGCAACUGCCCUCACUAAUGACCUCUAGUUGC